AUGGAUAAUCGAUUUUCUGAAGCUAGCACCAAGUUGCUAGGAUGCAUAUCAUGUCUUGAUCCAAGAAAUUCUUUCUCUCGAUUCAAUGAUGAUCAAGUAAUCUGUCUUGCAACUUUAUAUCACGAGGACUUCUCUGCAAAUGAUUGUUCACGUCUUCCACUUCAACUUAGUAAUUUUAUUGCUAAUGUACGAUGCGAUCCUCAAUUUGCUGCCUUAAGCAACUUAGGAGACAUUGCUACGGAAAUGGUCAAAAGUGGUAAGCAUUUGGUUUUUCCAUUGGUUUAUCGGAUUAUUGAGUUGUCAUUGGUUUUACCUGUUGCUACUGCUUCUGUUGAGAGAGCAUUUUCUACAAUGAAGACUAUCAAGACUGACUUGCGAAAUCGGAUGGGAGAUGAGUGGAUGAAUGAUAGUUUAAUUGUGUACAUUGAGAAGGACAUGUUUUCAACGAUUGAUAACGAAAAAAUCUUGCAACGUUUUCAAUCGAUGAGAACACGCAGAAUUCAGUUGCCACCGCUUUAUACGUAA